AUGAUGUACCGAUUAGUCAAGAGAAGUUCAGGUGUUGUGAAGUUUUCUUACCUCUCCAGAGACACUGUGGAAUGUUUCUUUACUUUUUCAUUUGUUUUAACAGCGCCUACUAUUCUAGUCUUUCUUUCUCUCUCUCUCUCUCUCUAUCUAUCUAUCUAUCUCUAUCUAUCUCUCUCUCUCUAUCUCCCACUCAUUCUCUCUCUCUCUCUCUAUAUAUAUAUAUAUAUAUAUAUAUAUGCAAAUUUCUGUGAAUUUUGCUGCGUUAAUUUUUUUAUUAUUGCUCCUCUUCUUUCUUUUUGUAUUUUUCUUUCUUUCUUUCUUUCUUUCUUUCUUUCUUUCUUUCUUUCUUUCUUUCUAGUUGUAUUUUUCUUUCUUUCUUUUUCUUUCUUACUUUCUUUAUAUCUUUCUUUCUUUAUAUUUUUUUCUUUCUUUCUAGCUUUCUUUUUCUUUCUUUCUUUCUUUCUUUCUUUCUUUCUUUCUUUCUUUCUUUCUUUCUUUCUUUCUAGUUUUCUUUUUCUUGCUUUCUUGUUUCCUUCCUUUGUAUUUUUCUUUCUUUCUAGUUUUCUUUUCCUUUCUUUUUUUCCUUGUAUUUUUCUUUUUGUCUUUAUGUUGUCUUUUUCUUUCUUUCUUUUUUCUUUCUUACUUUCUUUGUAUUUUUCUUUUUUCUUUUAUCCUUUUUCUUUCUUUCUUUCUUUCUUUCUUUCUUUCUUUCUUUGUGAUUUUCUUUCCUUCUUUUUUCUUUCUCUGAAUUCUUCUUUCUUUUUUCUUUUAUCCUAA